AGUUGAAAUACGAUCUUUCCGAGAAGGUAGAAUAAGGAAGUUUAGAUCUGGCAAGCGCCAAAUACCCGCGUGUUAAUAACGAAGCUUCAACAUCUCGCUACUCUGCUCUGAAAUCACAGCAAACUUUGGCCACAAUGAGCUGUGCGAAAGCAUUCUUGUUCUUCUUUAAUUUUAUUUAUCUGGGGAUUUCAGCAGCUCUGAUUUAUGUUGCUGUCUGGUUGAUGCAAUCUUAUGGCAACUACUCAAAGAUCACCUCAGACACCUACACCAUUGUACCCGCAGGCAUAAUAGUUGGAGUUGGCUGUUUGGUGCUGGUCACUGCGUUGGUUGGCAUUUGUGGGACUUGCAGAGAAAGCAAAUGCUGUUUGUCAAUUUUUUUUAUCUUGCUUUUGGUUGUGUUCUCCCUGGAAAUUACUGCAGGAGUAUUGGGUGCUAUCUACAAGAACCAGGCAAAGGACGAGGUCAAGAAUGGAUUGACAGAUGCCAUUGAUCACUACUCAAAAGAGGAGCAAGGUUUUCAGAAAGCUGUUGAUAAAUUACAGGAAAAUCUUGACUGCUGUGGCUCAACUGGCCCCAAUGAUUGGGUGAACUCAACAUUUUGGAAGGAAAAGCAUCAUCUUCCCAAGUCCUGUUGCACCCAUGACUCUGAUGUUUGCUUCCCCUACGAUAAGUUUCAUAACACCAAGGGUUGUUAUACAACUCUCCUGGACAAAUUUAACAAGAACUUGAGCUACAUCAUCGGGAUUGGCAUUGGAUUUGCUGUAUUGCAGUUAAUCGGGAUGCUGUCUGCCUGCUGCGUCAUGUGCAGCACGGGGGAGGUCGCCUACCUUCGACUGGAUGGGGGAACAAGGGUCUAAGUCCCCUGAUAAUACACAGAAAUAUUUUCUAUAGUUAUUCUUGAGAAAAGUAUAAUCAAUAUUGUAGUUUUGGGAUAGGGAUAAAAAGAAACAUGCUAUUGCAGAAAAAAAGGAGAUUGUAGAGAAAGGCAUUUGGCUAAAUUACUAUGAACCAAUUUUGUUUUUUGCUAAGAAUGGGGUUACACCCAAUCACCUUGUAAACAGUGGUGGAUAGCGCAGGAGUGCACAUGUCUACUGCUCCUUCCCCCUACAGGGGCGGAUCUAGCUUUUCGCUAAAGGGGGGGUUUGGCUAAGUGACAUAGGGGGGAGGGGGUAAUUUUUAUUUGUUACAUAUGGCUUUCUGGCAGCCCAAGGGAGGGGGGGUUAACCCCCUAAACCCUCCCCCUAGAUCCGCUACUGCUCUAGCUACCUACUUAAAAGGGUAUUUUUGUACAACUGUGAUGCUACCCAGUAGUAUUUCCUAGACCUUUGUCUUGGAAAUGAUUGAAUCAUCUAGUUUUGUAUUUCUUUUUAUUUCGCAUUUAGCUGUGUUAAUUAAUAGAGAUGACAAUAAGACAGGAACUUGACAAGUUGUUUAAGUAAUUAAUUCAAAUAUUUUCUGGUUAUAUCAACUUGAUUUGCAAAAGUAAAAAUGCUAAUAAUAAUGAUGAUGUAAUAUUUAGUAAUGGUAAUUUUCAUGAGAGACCUAUUAAAAGUGUGCUUUUUUUGGUAAAACUCAUAACGUGAAGUUUUAAAGUUAACAUUGUAUUGCAUGAAAGAAACGUUAUCUUUUCA